GCCCGGCCCGCCCCUUUUUCUCACUUCUUUCUCGCUUCACAUCACAAUGGUGAAGCAGAUUGAAAUUCUGAAGCCGUAAUCCCAUUCGCUUUCCGCAAUUGAUUGAAGAGUGUCGUUGGCCUAGUAUCUUUCAAUUGGACAGACAAUUAAUUAUGACCGCCAAGGUCCACCAAGCGCAGCCCAGCUCAGGUUCCGCACCCUUCUCCACCACCCAUUCCAUUCCCGGCCAAGAAGAGACGCACAAAGCUUUGUCUCAUAGUCUAGUGGACUGUAUAGGCAGCACAGCACCCGUCGAUACCCGCCGACAUGUCUCGGCGCCCGUCGGCCGAGGCCCCCGCAGGGAGCGCGACAACCCAGACCCAGGACUUUGCCCCCACCGCUAACGGCCCGCCGAGGCCCCCAUCGCCAUCCUCGCCGUCGCCACAGCCGUCGUCGUCGUCGUCCGACGACCUCCCCCAGGCGUCGCCCCACGUCCGCUACGACCUACGCGUCGACACCAGCUCCGAUGGCCUCCCAAAAGCGUCGGCGGCGCCCAAGCAGGGCGUCGUCCGCGUCGGCACCGCAAUGUCGCGCGCCCCUGACGGGCUUUCGCCCAUCCUGCGCCGACGCAACACGCGCGCCGCCACCUUCCGCACCGUCGAGGACUUUGAGGACUUCGACGUGCGCACUGGCUGGCACCCCGGCGCCGAGCCCGGCGUCGAUCCCAACAAGCCCGACGGCGGCCAUGCUUCGAUUGACGCCUUCCAGCACCCUUGCGAGAUCACCGUCGUCGAUUUUUCCCAGAAGGACAUGGUCAUGCACCACCUCGACAACGAUACCCUGCCCGGCUUCCUGGAAGAGCCGCAGCCGCUGUGGGUGCGGUGCCGCUGGAUCAACGUCAACGGCCUGAGCUGGGACGUCAUACAGACGCUUGGCAAACACAAGCGACUGCACAAGUUGGCCAUCGAGGACAUCCUGAACACGAGAAACAGGACCAAGGCCGACUGGUACUCUACGCACGCAUGCAUCAUCCUCACUCUCCAAAAACUGGUGCACCUGAAGGACCCCGAGGAUUCCGACUCCGGUUCCGACGAUGACGGUGCGAGCCGCUCCAGCAAUGGGUCCGAAGGAGGGGGCUUUCGUCGGAAGCUGAAGCGCUGGUGGCGGUCAGGGUCAAAAACGGCCCAAUCUGCUCCUAAAACGUCGUCGCUGCGCUCCAUGGAGAACGGCCAGGGACAGGUUCCCCAGAAUCUGGCCUCUCAGAACACCGGGCUCUCAGAUAUGUCGCAGGCGAACACGGUCAGGACGCUGCAGCGGUACCACGCGUCGCCCAACGAUGCGCGGACUGACUUCAUGGAAAAGUUCUCGGUGCUCUCGGAGAAGAACCUGGCCGUCACGGCGGAGCAGGUUUCCAUCUUCAUAACCGACGACAACACCGUCGUAUCCUUCUUUGAGCUGUCGGCGGCCGACGUCGAGGUGCCUAUCCUCACGCGGCUAGGCACGCCCGACACCAUCCUGCGGCAGUCCUGCGAUGCGUCCAUGAUAGGGCAGGCCAUCAUGGACGCCAUCAUCGAUCUGGCCAUCCCGGUGGCGGCGUGCUACGGCGACGUGAUAGGCGACCUGGAGCUUGACGUCUUGACACGGCCAAACCUCACGCAUACAAAGAAGGUCUACAUCACCAUCACCGAGAUCAACAAGAUGCUGAGCUUCAUCAACCCCAUCAUCGGCCUGGUCAACUCGCUCCGGGACCACAAAACCGAGAUGCAUCAGGAGCUCGCGUCCCAGCAUUUACAAAACCCAAAGAAGGGGGUUAUCGUAACGCCCAUGACGCACACGUAUCUCGGCGACGUGCUCGAUCACUGCGUCCUCAUUACCGAAACGCUGCAGCAGCUGAGGGAUCAGGCAGAGGGCAUGAUCGAUCUGAUCUUCAACACCAUCUCGGCUUACCAGAACGAGAGCCUCAAGCAACUCACCCUGAUGACGAUCAUCUUCCUCCCGUUGACCUUCAUCACCGGAUACUUUGGACAGAAUUUCCAGCCGUUUGACGUGUUGCAGUACGACGUGCAGUACUUCUGGAAAAUCUCCAUCCCCACCGUCGCCGUCACCGUUGUCUUUGUGAUGAGGGACAUCAUCUACGAGUCCGUCACCUCGAUGCUGCAGAAGCGAGAUAUAGUGCGCGUGAGGGAGAGCAACAGGAAGCGGCGAAGAAAUGCCGCCAAGGCGAAGACCAGCUGAGCCAGACAACUGAGCCAGACAGCUGAGUUGGAUACUGAGCGUUGAUACCCAGGGACACACGUAGAUACUAGUUGGGUAUGUCCGAUAGAGUGGCACAGUGGAUGCUUCACAAGAUGUCGUAUAUCGUCCGUGCCCCUUCAUGUGACACUGGCUCGACAAGCACUCGUUAAUAUUUUUAGAUUCGCUCCUCUUGGCCUCGCCCUACUGCAGCCAAUGGAUACGGCAACUCGGU